AUUAUUGAGAUCGACUCUCAAGUUCUGUUGUUGUCGCGCGGCGCGCCGCUCGCGCUGAUAACGCGAUGCCACGCCGGACUGCGCACGCGCACCACGACACGCUCCGCAGAACCGAGCCAGCGCGGACUUGCUAAAAAAUAUAAUCCAACCCCCCAAUUAUGGAAUGGAUAUUUCUCUGUGAACAGUGAUUGACUAAACGAGAAUUGUUAUCUAUAUAUUUAAACUCUUUUUUAUUGAUGUGCGUUUGAACGUAGUGUCAAGGAAAGUGAAACUGAUAUACUGUGUGAUUCUAUGAAAGGAUAUUUUAAUUGAACCUUAAAUUUAAAAUCAGUGCGAAAGAUUUUUUUAACCCUGCAGUAUACCUGUAAGGGAUAUCCUCGGACAACGAGAAUUCAAGAUUCCAUUAUAUUUUUCAUCAGCGUAAGACAACCGCCGCCAAGCUGACUACCGCAAAUGAGGUUAGAUCCAGCAAUAACAUCCAAGCGUUAAUAGGUUGGUGGCGCACGAGCCUAAUGAGCGCGUGCGCGGCGGCCGCCAUGCGCGAAAAGCACGCGGCGCCGCGCCGCCUUGCCUCACCCCCGCGGUCACCCCAUGAGCGUCUCCCCAGCCCCCUAGGCUCCCCACGAACAGAUGAGCCAUUAGAUCUCCGAGUAACGCACAAACGUCCACAGCGGCUAGAAGAUGAAAAUUGCAACUUAAUAACUCCUUCACCACCGCCGCAUCCGACACAUCCAGCACACCCGGCACAUCCAGCCCUACUACGGUUCUGUCCGCGGCUACCGCUCGCGUUGCCAGCGUCAUUCGGGCGGUACCCAUUCCUGCCAGCAGCUGCGGCUACUCUACUUGCCCCAGGAGCUCCCCGACCACCGCCGAUACCACCAAACUCAGGCGUGCCCCGGGCGAGAGACCGAUACACGUGUUCCUACUGCGGCAAAGCAUUCCCUCGUAGUGCAAAUCUAACAAGACACCUUCGAACCCACACAGGCGAACAACCGUACCGUUGUAAAUACUGUGAGCGUUCUUUCUCUAUCUCAUCAAACCUCCAGCGGCACGUGCGAAAUAUACACAACAAAGAACGCCCGUUCCGGUGUCGACAUUGCGACCGCUGUUUUGGUCAACAAACAAAUUUGGACAGACACUUAAAGAAACACGAAGCGGAAAAUGGCGAUGACAGUCGCCGUAGAUCUCCGGACGAGACGUACUUCGAGGAGAUCAGGUCUUUCAUGGGACGCGUGGCACCUGCUCGUCGAGCCGCCGCCGCCGCCACCGCUAGUGCCGCGGACCACACUUGAUAGUGAACCGCACAAACCACAUUCCCCGUUACAAUAAUCUGGUCGAUGAAUCCAAAUGACUCUUUGUAUUUACUGGACAUCUCGUGUCGCGAACCGUUGUUCGUUAAAGAAAAUUUCAAUGCGCCAAAAACUUUUCUCGAUAAAAUUAAUUCAAACGUGUUCUUUUUUUUAAAUAUACUCCUCAGUAAUCACUAGAUACGCUGAAAAUAAAACAAGAAAGAUUGCCUCAAUCCAAUUAUAGGUUUAAUUCUCAAACGUUACGUUUAAAUAAUUUAAGUUUAAGGUUCUUUGUUCCAUAAAAGAGCCUCUUUUAACCGACCCUAAAUAAAAGGAAGAUCUUGAUUCGUGAUGUAAAGAUUUUUACAGCUCUCAAUCGGCGCAAGUUAUCAUUAAGUGAUCAAUGCGCGUACCUGCCACAAAUGCCGCUGUUAGCUAGACAUUAAAGUGAUAAUGAAUCUCGUGUGUAUGUACUUAAUGUAAAUAUUAUUAUUAUAAAUUUUAGUAGAUUAAAAUAGAGCUCAUACCGAAUUCAAUACCGAUAAAAGUAAAUGAGGAUUAGAAUUAAAAUGUCGUAUGUAUUCCUUGUCGUAGAGAGACAUUGUAGAGGUAUUUUUGUAAGUGUUCAGAGAGUGUUCGCUAUUUUAAGAAUUUUAGCUAUUUUCGUUACAUAUUAUUUUUUUCUUUGUACUUUCUUUUUUUUUUUGGAAAAAUUUCGCUUAAUAUAAUGUACUUAGUAUUAUUAGUCUGAGAGGAAACGCCGGUUACCAAUAAAAAUAUUACUUGUUGCUUAUUGAUGAUGUUAUAAAUGUUUCUAUUGUAAAAUGUUAGAAAAGUUGUUUUGAAAAAUUUCACUCUAAAUAAUAUUUAAUGUGUGUUAAAUAAAUUAUAAUAUAAUUUGAGCAGAUAAUGACACUGACCUAUUGUACGGUAAUAAUUAGCUCAAUUGUUAAGUUUCAAAUUAUAUUCAUUCGAUUAAAGAUAUAUAAAUAUUGUGUUUUUUUUUUUUGCAUAAAGCAAUGAAAUCAUUUCGGUACCUUUUUGUAAAUUGUAUUAUAACACUAAAUUGAGUUUACUAAAUUAAGAAAAUAAUAAACUGUGAUUUAAUUUAUUAUUACUGAGCUUCAAAUUUAACAUGACAAUAUGUGUACUAUUUGUCUCAAUAAACCAUCUCAAAGAACUAAUCAACGUUCCUGUAAUUGUAGAUAGAUCUCUGUUUUUGUUACAAGUGCAAGUUUGAACUUUAUUAUAAAGAUAUAAGAUACUAUCGAAUACGAUAACCUAUCAAAGAUAGUUAAUAUAAUAUAAAUGCGUUGAUUUAACAUGAAAUGAAACAAUAUUACGAGUAUAAAUCUGAUUGAAAUGUCCUAAAAAUAAACUUAAAGUCUUAUUUUGCUAAAGGGUGUUUAAUAGCAAAUUUUGUUAUGACAUUAGUUUGUACCACAAUAUAUUUCCAGAAA